UCAACACAUCCAUGGAAACUUCAAUCUCCUACUACCUUUGGCUCUUCAUCGUCUUUCUUUUCCUCAUCAAGAAGUAUUUGCAGAAAACUAACAAAAGACUCCCACCAAGCCCUUCUUUUUCAUUGCCCAUCAUAGGUCAUCUCUACCUCUUUAAGAAACCUCUCCACAGAACUCUUGCAAAAUUAUCUGAAAAAUAUGGUCCAAUCUUAUACCUUAAACUUGGAUCCCGCCCGGUUCUUGUUGUAUCUUCUCCAUCUUCUGUUGAGGAAUGCUUCACCAAAAACGACAUCUCUUUCGCAAACCGCCCACAGCUGCUUGCUGGCAAAUACCUUGGAUAUAACUAUACCACGGUCAUCUGGGCUCCUUAUGGCUCUCACUGGCGCAACUUGAGACGCAUAGCUGCCCUUGAGCUGCUGUCAUCCAGCCGCCUACAGAUGUUUCAUGACAUACGAGCAGAUGAAGUCAGGUCGUUAAUUUGCAAGCUUUUUCGAUGGUCUAAUGGUAGUGAACCGCAGAGUUUAGAUAUGAAGUCAACGUUUUUCGAGCUUACUCUAAAUGUUUUGAUGAGAGUGAUUGCUGGGAAGAGAUACUAUGGGGAAGACAUCGGAGAGUCCAGUGAAGCUAAGAUGUUUGAACAAAUUGUGAAAGAAAGUUUUCAAUUGAGUGCGCCUAACAUUGGAGAUUUCUUGCCAGUUUUGAAGUACGUUGGAUCUGGUGGACUUGAAAAAAAACUGGUGAAAUUGCAAAAGAUGAGGGAUGAGUUCAUGCAAUCUCUGAUCGAAGAACGCAGAAAAGUGCAGAGUGGCAGUGUUUCUGAACAGAAGAGCAAGACCAUGGUGGAUGUCUUGCUGUCACUGCAGGCAACUGAACCUGAAUAUUAUACUGAUGAAAUCAUAAAAGGCAUGAUGCAGGUCAUGUUAUCAGCAGGAAGUGACACCUCAGCUGGAACUAUGGAAUGGGCUCUAUCACUUCUACUCAACAACCCAGAAGCCCUAGCAAAAGCACAGACAGAAAUUGAUGAAAAAAUUGGGAAAAGCAGGCUAAUUGAGGAAUCAGAUCUUGCUAAUCUCCCCUAUCUCCAUUGCAUCAUAAGUGAGACCCUCAGAAUGUGCUCACCAGCCGCACUUAUCCCCCCACAUGAGUCAUCAGAGGACUGCACCGUGGGAGGCUUCAAUGUUCCUCGUGGAACAAUGCUGUUGGUGAACGCAUGGGCCAUACAUCAUGAUCCUAAGUUGUGGGAACAUCCUGAACAAUUUAAGCCAGAGAGGUUUCAAAAUGCACAAGAAAGAGAUGUUUUCAUGUACUUGCCAUUUGGGAUAGGAAGGAGAGGCUGUCCUGGGGAAGGGUUAGCCAACCGGAUCGUAGGGCUGGCAUUAGGGUCAGUCAUUCAGUGUUUUAACUGGGAGAGAAAUGGUGAAGAGAUGGUGGACAUGACUGAAGGAACUGGCCUCGCAAUGCCUAAAGCUCACCCUUUGCUAGCAAAAUGCAGCCCACGCCCAACGAUGCUGGCCUUACUUUCUCAACUCUAACAAUAUGUCAAUAUCUCUUUGGUUUUCUGGGCUUUGUUAUUUCCAGUCAUAUGUAUAACAUGUUAUCAGAUAAGUUCAAGCUUGGUUGUGCAUUAUGCAUACAAAGCAUUGUAAAAUAUGGAUGGUUGGCAUCUUAUCAUACUGAUAACUUUCUCUGUUGAUAUACACAUUCUGUUACAAAUUUAAGCC